CACACCGCGAGAAAAGCCAAAAAUCAAGCUCGACUUCAACGCAGCAGGAGGACAGCUGGUGUUGUGACUCCUUCUCUCCACUGGUCCCCCUGCCAGUCGCCGUGGUGACCACCGACAGCGCCAGCACUCGUCCCGUUGAGUUGCCCUCAAGCCGGAUUCACAUGACGUCAGACCAGAAUCCACUGAAUCCAGCUGAUCUACAGGUGCCGUUAACGCACGGAGCGCUGGGUCCAGGAUACUACGUCUUCUACCAGGCCGGAGAAGAUGGGGUGCUGCUUUAGUAAAGAGCUCAACCCCGGCUUGCAGAGCGAGAGGAGCAGUCUGUUACAGCCCCCGCUCCACGAUGGGCUGAAUGACGUGACAGACCAGGUCAGGCAACACGCUGUGGCUGUAGCUCAGCAUGUGUGCUUGGACGAAGAGGAAAAACGUGUGGCAGACGGACUGGCCCAGAGAAAACUUGCAGAAGAUGAGGAAAGACCACCAGAACUGGGCAACAAAGUUUGGACCGAGGUGGCCGUGACCAGCGGGGACAGCACCACACGGAGUGAGAGAGAUCAUAAAGCAGCCAGCACUCACGAAGAGAAGGGGGCUAUAAUUAUCACAACCAGCACAAAUAUACAUACAAACACGGAGACUGAGGAAGGCAUGACCCAUACUGGCAUGCCCAGCUGUGGCCCGGCCCCGUAUAUGGAGGUGCCCACACGGAGUCCAGCCAAACAGAAGAUUGUGGAGAAUGCCACACUCAGGGCUUUAUGGUUCAAUAAGCUCCCAGACGGGCACACGCCGAAAAAAUGUUGGUCAUCUCCCGCCAGAUUACCCUCUGCUAACUGCCAGGGCAACGUCACAAGGAGCGAGGUGUCUGAUAACCUGCGGCCACUGCCCCUGGACAGCGAGUGUCUGGAGACACAGUGGGAUUGCCCCGAAGCUGAGCACAACGAGGAAGAAGGUGAGGAAGUCUGUGUCGUCACAACAACGCUGGGUCAAGGUUUUGAAACAAGGACCCGCGGCUUUUACAGCAUAUGUUCUAUCGAUGCCGGAGACCUUGAAUAUGACCUCGUCCACAGCCAAUUCCAGACAGCUGAAGCAACACACUUGCUGCACACAGCUGAAGCAGAAACAGCUGCUCUGCCCAGCGUAGUGGAGUCUCUGGCCUCCAGCCAAUCACACACACAGGCAUCCACAGUUUGUGACCAGGAAUAUGUCACAGAAUCUGAAACAACCAGCCAGUUGCAUGAUGAGGAACCAGCUUUGAGUCAUCAGUCUUCCACCAUCCUGUCACAGACACACCCAGAGAGUUCACUCUCAGCAGAGGAGACCUCCUUACCUCAUCCUGUAGUAAAGCAGGCUGACCCUUCGUCUGACCCGCUAGCCCUGUCCAGCGUUCAAAUAAACAGCAAGGAUAUGCAGGCAUCAACACCAAACGGGACUCGGUUUAAAGAUCUGGACUGCCAGACCUCUGCUAAGGACACACAUGAAUCCAUGGAUUACAUGUUGAUGACGUCACAUGCAAAUAAAAGCACAUGUGUUGAGGAGGAAAAUAAAAGUGAGACUUCCAGCUCCAGUUCUUCAAAGCUGAAACCGCUGCAAGGGGAUGAGGUCGUCUUUCCCCUGUCUGGAGGACAGUUUGAGAUGGAUAAAUCCUCGCAACAGACGGAAGCUAUUCCUGUUAGUAUCUGCAGAGGCCACAGUGAGGAAGGUGAUGUCGGUUACACCAGCACAGCAGAUAAGACUCCCACUGAGCUGUCCUCAGUUUCCUCCAUCUUAGCUGUGUUGUCACCUCCCAUUGAACUGUCGGCCUUCUCCUGCCACACAGACAUUACUCCUCUCUCGGACUUUAAAACCACAUUUCACCACUGUGACUUCAUAUUAUCUGACAAAUUAGAUGUAAAUUCAAACAAUGCAACAUUUAAAUUGAGCAGCAGUAAGCCUCCUAGUCAAGAUGUUGUAGGACCACCUGAGUUGGACCUUGGAGAUGACUGUGACAAACAGCGUGACAGUUUUGAUGUGAAAACUCAAGGUGCCGUGACGCCGGAAGAGCCUCUUCAGGAUGCCUUUAUGAGUGGAGAUAACAGACUGGCAGUCAAAGAACCAGAAGUCUGUCAGAACAGCAAACCUUUUGAAAGAGGGGAUGUUACAGAUUUGUUACCUGAAUCGGCUCAAAUCACCGAUCACCUAGAUACAAGGACGGCUGUAAAUGCAAGCAUCACUCUUCAUGGCCUGGAAGAUCAAAGUCUCGGUCCUCUCACACAGCCUCCUACUGCUGAAAGUGAGCUUUCUCUUACUGCUUCCUUCACUCCACCUCCGUCUUCCUCAUCUCCGUGCACGCCUCCUGUGGAAGGCAAGCAUCGUUGUUGUCCAGAAACUGAAGCUAAAUCUGCUGAGAGUGAAUGCAGACAAAUCCAACUGGAGGCCAAUCCACCAGAGAAAGUAUUUAUUCAUGCAUGUGAGGAAGGAAAAAACCCAACAGCUGCACAGGGGACUCAGAUUGAUUCCCCAGUCAAGCAUGAAUCUGCAGAUACAAUAGAACCGCCUCAAACAGCAUCUCAACCCCCGGUGGUAUUAAGCUCCAGUGAUUCCUCUGACUCUAUGAACCCUAACGAUGACAUCGGCCUGCCAAAUUACACUGCUAAAUGUUUACCUCAAGCUGGACAUUCAUCAAAUGAAAAUCAAUUAGUGGAGAUCAAUGGGAUACAGAUUCACAUCUUACAGGGGGAGAUGUCUGCGCUUGACAGUGAUAUUCUUCCAGAAACUAUUUCUGCUACGGGCACGCCACCCCAAGGCGUCGAGAUCGGUACCGGCAUUUGUGAUGACUCUUUUGUGAUUCCUCAUAACUUCAGCUGUCUGGAUGACAAAGCCUCGGUUUUGGACUGCCAUGAGGACAUGAUCCCUGUGGACCCAGCACAGGUUGAUGUUUACGCCUCAACUCCGUCAUACGAGAUUCACUUCCUAGGACAUGAACCUCCUGCUACUGCCGAGGAGGGGGAGAGGGAAGGAGGGAUGAGGGAGAUGGUGUCUGAGCUGCUGGGUGAGGAUGCAGACUCCUCUGUCUGCCUCCUCUAUCCCCACCCCUGGAUCAAACUGGGUCUGGAGGAUAGCUGUGGGGGGUGGGCUCAGGGCGGGUUUGUUGCUGAGCCCAGCCAGGGAGAGAGCCACCCGGGUGCUGACGUAGAGCAGAUCCCGGCCCUGGUCUCGGAGCUCCAGCCUUCUAUGGCUCUGCUGGGAGCUUACCCCUACAGCACAGUGAUGCCUCAGGGACGCUGUGUGUGGGACUGGCACUCAGAUUGCACUCACUCUGAACCUGUUGCUGCUCCAAGCCUUAACCCUAACGCUGAGGUAUGGACUAAUCACAACUUCAACUUGGACGUCCCUGGCCCCGCCUACCUGCCGGCUCAUGAGCCAUGGCUGCAAUUCCCCAGCGAUCCGACCAAUCAGGAAGGAUAUGGGUCAGACUUCCAGCAGGAGAACAUGGGCCCGGCUGAGGCUGUUGUUGAAGCAGAUCCCAACACACCAGAGUACCAGGCGCCGUCUGCCGAAGCUUCAAUAGUUAAUGGAGAGCCCGUUGACCCACCUAUCACAGAUGAGACUAGAGAAGAGCUGAGGACAGUUUUGGAGUCCUGCCUGACCAGGGAGCACCUUGGCAACGACCUGUACCUUAACUCUCAGAUGGACAGCGACCAGUAUGUUCCCAUAGCAACUCUGGCCAGCCUCGACAAGAUCAAGAGGAUCAGCAUGGACCUGGACCUCAUCUCCGACAUUUUGAAAUCGCUGCCGCUGGUCCAGGUGGCUCCUUGUGGACAGAAGGUCCGGCCCAGUCAGAGUCGAUGUGUCGUCAUCCUGCGUGAGAUCCCCGACACCACACCCAAGGAGGAGGUGGAGGCUCUCUUUGACGGGGAAAACAUUCCAGAGUUCCUGAGCUGUGAGUUUGUGAGCAACGAUAACUGGUUCAUCACUUUCAAAUCGGAAACCGACGCACAACAGGCCUACAAGUACCUCCGAGAAGAGGUUCGAGAGUUUAAGGGAAAGCCGAUCAUGGUGAGGAUAAAAGCCAAAACCAUGGCAGUCACUUCCUUUGCUCCAAAAAAUGGCUACCGACCCCCUCAGCUGGACCAGUGCGGCAAUCCUUACGGCUCCUAUUUCCCCCCCGGCAACUACCAGCAGCCCUGCCCCACCCAGCAGCUGUAUGAUUUCACCAAUGACGUGUGGGCAGCGGGGGGAUACCAAGAAUGUGCUGAUCAUCAAACCAUGAUGAAUGACUUCAUGAGUGGAUUCUCCAACUUCAAACCUCAUAACGCACACAGGUCCAGGAGAGGCUCAAGGUGGUCGAAUUCUGACCGUUGGCAGUCCAAUCUGAAUGAUUCCUCACAGUCAUCAGAGCAAGCGCCAGUGGAGGGCUCCUCUUCUCUGUCGAGGCCGGGGCGAGGCCGGUCGCGGGGCAACCUGCGCCGUCCGAGCAGAGGUGGACGGGUCGAGUCCACUUCUGAUCGGGGAAGGAGAGGAAACUUCAGCCAGAGGAGGAGAGAGAACCCGAGGUCCUGGGACAAAUCUGCAGGAAACACUCAUACAGCACAAAGUCAAACGCCUCCUCGUCAACCGUCUCCUCCUCCUGAGCUCGGCCUGACGAGCUUCCCUCCUCUUCCUCCGGCUAAGAUUGCCAUGGCAACGGUACAUGCUGCUAACGGCAACGUCAAGAUUCCAGUGAAAACCAGCAGCGGUGAAUCGGUCCCAGCAAGGUCUCAAGAGCCCCAACCAAUCGAAGAGCAGAAUGUGACGGAGCGUGCGGAGACGACCGGCGAGGCCCAACCAGCUCAGCUUACACAGGAACAAGUCGCAGAGUCCAAGAGGCCGAGCUACGCCCAGAUCUGCCAGAGAGUAUCGUCCAAUGAGCCGGUGCCUCCCGCUGACCUCGCCCCUACAGAGGCAGUGCAGGUCCCAAGUUUCCCGGGCCCGGCAUCCAAACCAGAUGGGUUGCCACAGUAAUCGUAUUGGGUGGGGGGGGAAGACAAUUCCUUUGUCUUGUGGGUGAUAUAAGCUGAAAUCAUCGUACUGUGUCUUAUCACGCAAACCUGCUGCACGUGUUCUGUGAGUAAUGAUCUGUGUGUACAGAGUGGCAUCACUCAGUGCAGGAAGAUGCUGCAUUAACCACCAAACUGCCUUUAAAUCAACUACAGUUAGGUCUGGAUCAGGGGGGGGUGGGACUGCUGGCUCUGGUUCAAGACAGGACGAGCUCCUGUGGGUCUCAGGUCGCCAACCUCUCAGGACGUUUAUGCCCAUUUUUUAGUUUUUAGAGCGAAAGCUGGACAUAAUCUGUAAAUGUUGAUCUGCAACUUUACGUUUUUAGUUUUAUUUCUUGGUUUGUAGUUCAGAUGAGUUUCAGAGCCGGGUUUUGAUUUGGUCUUGUUUUGCUGAUGGCUCUUCUUUUCCUGCCGUGUGUGUGUGUGUGUGUGUGUGUGUGUGUGUGUGUGUGUGUGCCUGUCUGUGUGUGUGUGUGUGUGUGUCUGUCUGUGUGUGUGUGUGUGUCUGUCUGUGUGUGUGUGUGUGUGUGUGUGUGUUCUCUGUACAGGAUGUUCCACCAUGAGUUUAUUAUUUUUCAUACAUCUGUGUUAUUCUUUAGUCCACAGGGCCGCUGUGGGCACACAUGAUGCAGUCUCAUUAAAUAUUAAUACUAGUCACCAGGUUUGUUUCCUUUUUGCAGACGUUGGUGAGAUGUAAUGAACCAGGUUCCAGUGUGUAUUAGUGAGUUCUGGUGGGAUCAGACCGGUCUUGAUUUGAUCUUGGAAUCAAAUUGAACUUAAAAAAGCACUGAAUAUUUCCACCGUAUCUCUGCACGACUUUUUAAUUUCAUUUUAGAAUUUAAUUUAUGUCCUAUUUUUAUUUACGCUGGAUAUGAGUGUGUUUUGUGUGUUAAAUCUUUAGUCCCGCCUGUGUUAAGCGUACCGCCGUGUCACAGCGUCCAGUGUUUUGGGACACAGGUGGGCUCGGUUCAGGUCGUCCCACGGAGCUUCUGGCUGGGUGGAGCAGGUACCCGGUGUCUGUAAACCAGCGUCGUUUCAGCACCAACAUCUGGAACUGCACUGAUUCCAAUGGUCCUUUGUUUAAAAUAUACAAUUUUAAAUGUAAAACAGUUGUCCUGGAGAAAGAGCAGGCGUAGUUGUGGCACAUGUUACUUUGUCUGUACAGAUGUACAUAUUACUGAACAAAUAUUAAAGUGCCUUUCAAGUUAAAAUGA